CUAUCUUACUCGUGCGUGGGCCUCCGGCCUCAGUUAGACUGGGAGUUCCCUGACAGCACGGUCUGUCUUUGCACCAACAGUACCUACAGCACAUAGUAGGGCCUCAGUAAACUCUAAUUGACUGAUUCACUUUCCCGAGAAAGGGUGGAUGGUUGGGGGCCUCCAAGCAAAGGCUAGACGGCCAAGUAGAGGGAAGGCUGGCGCCUGGGGCAUUCUGGUUCCGGUCCAGGCUGGGCGGGGCAGAAGCAGCGACCCCGGAGCCUGAGCCACCCAGCCCCCAUCCUGCCCUCUGUUUCUCGGCAGGGGGCGGGGCGGGGCGGCAGGCCCCUCCUCCACACUGCGGGAGCCGCACGUACAGAGGCCGGAGGGGAAGGAGGAGGAGGAAGGAAAGGAAGAGGAUGGCUAUGGGCCGGCUGGCUCCGCAGCUGCGGCUCCUACUCCGCGCCUCCUUCGGACCCAUGGCCCUGGGCCAGCGCUCCGCGUCGGGCCCGGCUCCGACGCGCGGACCCCGGCGCCUCUCGGUGGAAGGGAACAUCGCUGUGGGGAAAUCCACCUUUGUGAAGUUACUCCUGAAAACUUUUCCAGAGUGGCACAUAUCUGCCGAACCAAUAACGACGUGGCAGAAUGUCCAGGCUAUUGGCAUACCAACAGCUGGCCCUCCCCAGAGCGGGGGGAACUUGUUGGAUAUGAUGUACCGGCAGCCCUCGCGGUGGUCCUACACCUUCCAGAUGUUUUCCUUCCUGAGUCGGCUGCGAACUCAGCUGGUCCCCUCCCCAGAGAGCCUCUUGCAAGGCCAAAAGCCGGUGCAUGUCUUUGAGCGGUCAGUGUACAGUGACAGAUGCAGAUUGCAACUCCUCUGGCUGAAGAAUUCCUUGCCAGCGACCAGCCUGGUCCUGGGAAACUCCAAAUUUGGCCAGGCUGGUACAAAGACAGCAGAUGUACACGUGGUCUGCCUCCAGGCUGACGAUUCACUGCCUGGGAAGUCAGCCCAUCUGUUCCCACAGAGCUAUUCCUCCCAGGCCCCUGAAAGAGAGAGGCGGAAGAUUCAUGGCCCUGGCACAGAGGCCAGACUCCAAGAUGGUUCCAACAUGUGGUUAAACAAUUUGGAAAGCAGGAGAGGAGAGGAGAGCUGGGCGGAUGCAGCCCAUCCAGGGGAUGUGCUGGCUGCUCUGCUGGGAAACUUCUUGGUCAGCCCUGGGCUUCUGUACAUCUUCGCCAAGAAUCUCUUUGAAAAUCGCUUCCUAAAUGAUGUCGAGUGGGCUGUCUAUCAGAAUUGGCAUUCCUUCCUUCUCCGGGAGUUCCACAGCCGCAUUCUCCUGGAUGGCUUUAUCUACCUUCAGGCUUCUCCCCAGAUUUGUCUGAAGAGACUCCGCCAGCGGGCCAGGGCUGAAGAGGAGGGCCUCGAGCUGGGCUACCUUGAACAGCUCCAUGCUCAGCAUGAAGAUUGGUUCAGCCAUAAGGUGACUGAGCUCCACUUUGAGACCUUGAAGAAGGCCCCUGUGCUGGUGCUGGACGUCAAUGAGGAUUUCUCUGAGAAUGCAGCGAAACAAGAGGAGCUCGUGACAAAGGUGAACACCUUUGUAAAGAAUCUAGGAUGACGCCGUGGUCCUGCUAGGCAGGAUCUGUUGGCCUGGGCAGGGAUUCUGACCAGCUAGUGCCUUUCUACAGCUUAGAGAACCAUGGAUUCCAUCUGUCCAGGCCUCUUUGCUCCCCAAGCCUUAUUGGGCACUCUUGGGCUUCUUCUUUAGUGACCCUGAGCAGCUGCUCUGAGGAUCACUUUCCUCAUCUGUCGAAUGACAGCAUCAGACUUGAUGGUCUCCAAGACUCCUUCCAGCCCUACAGCUCUGAUCUGAGAUCUCAUAGUCCCAGGAUAAGAGGAUCUCAGAGGGUUUUGUUCAGGCUUUCCUUGGUUCUGAAAGACGUUUUCCUUUGUCUUCAAUUUCGUUUUAUUUUCAGGUCCAAAUUCUCUCCCUCUCUACUCCUCUUUCCCCCCCCAUUUAGAAGAUAAGCAAUACGUUACAAACAUGUAGAGCUGUGCAAAACAAGGCCAACAUGUCCAAAAAGAAAAGGAAUACAGACAGAGACAGACAGAUACACAGAGGAAAUAGGCCUCCUUCAGUCUCUGUCUCGAGGUAGACAGCAUGUUUCAUUGGGUCCUUUGGAAUCUUGACUGGUCAUUGUGUUGCUCAGAUUUGCUAACUCUUGGAAGGCCUGGCUUUCAUAAAUCCCAUUAGCCGUACGUGUGCUGAGUGGAUUCCCCACCGCAUGACUGGCUUUCUCUGACCUCCCAUGGGUCCCUCCCCACAUCAGAGCUCCUGGUGGCAUGCUAGGGCAGGGAGCCAGGCCCAAGGGAGCCAUGCUAAGCUCUCGAGUGUGGGCAUGGGCAGAAUAAAGGAAGUGGUUGGGCAGAAAGAACCGAGUUGACAAGGGUGAGACCACAGAGCAGGGAGACCAUGCCAGGGCUCAGGGCUUUGCUUCUCCACCCCUGCCCCCCACAUGUCCUUAUGAAACCAGGCGUCUUGGGAUGCUCUCAUCCUUUCUUUCCUCCUUAAGUUUUGUGAUUGAUGACUUUUAGAAUACAAAUAUACAGAAGCAGAUCAUCCUAUGUUGUCCUAUGAAUACCAGGCAGGAGUUUUGAAAUAGAAAGAGCCCUGGAUUGGUAGUCAUAGGGUGGGGGACAGGGAAGACCUCCAGAGACAUGGAGGUUGCUUCUGCCAGUUACUAUCCAAGUAGCCUCAGACAGUUCACAUCACUUCUCUGGCUUCAGUUUCCUUAUCUGUAAAAGAAGGGCAUUAAUGGGGCAGCUUGGUGGCGCAGUAGAUAGAGCACCA